AUGGCGCCGCUGGGCGAGGAGACGCCGCUGAUCGGGGAGCGCUCGUGCAGCCUCUCGUCCACGGAGACGGGGACACUGCAGGUCUUCCUGUACCACCGAGCGCCCCGCGCCGGUCCCGCCGGCCCGGACUCCGCCGGCGUCCUCACCUUCACCUUCGGCGAGUACACGGCCGAGGAGCUCUGCGUCCGCGCGGCCAAGGCCUGCGGCGUGCUGCCCGUCUGUCACUCCCUCUUCGCCCUGGCCACCGAGGAUCUCACGUGCUGGUUCCCCCCCAACCACGUCUUCACCGUGGACGACUCGUGCAGCCAGGUCGUGGUCUAUCGCAUCAGGUUCUUCUUCCCCAACUGGUGCGGGCUGGGGCAGUCGCACCGGUUCCAGCUGAUGAAUGACCGGGCCAGCGCAGUCCUGGACUACCCCGUCAUUGAUUACCUCUUUGCCCAGGUGAGCCCUGCAGGGCUGGUGUCCUGGGACACCCAG